UAUGCUUCUGGCUCUUCGGGGUGGUGUUACAGCCGAGGAAGGUUUGGGGUCGGUGGGAGCCGGGAGUCUCGGAGGGUUUUCCUAUUGCUCCUCUUGGCAGUAGCUCCUUGUGCACCAUGGAUGAAGAGCAGCAGAAGUCAUAUACAUCCAAAGAACAAACGGUACCACACUGGACUCCAAUUGGGAAGUAUUUUGAACCCAUCUCAUUAGCUUCCACAUGGCCCUUUGUCAGUACUGCUGUCAGAAGUAAGGGCCGUGUUCCCCCCAACAGAGGCCCUACAAGUCGACCAUCUGCACGGCAGUUGGAGCCUUUACAGGAAACAGAGCUGCAACGAUUCUCUAAAACCAAGCUGGAAGGAAUCUUAAAAUAAUGUUUAAUGCCUUCUUGGGAGGACUUGGAUACGAUCCAGAGCAGUCAUAAAAUCCACUUGGAAAUAAAAAUCUCUUGGAUCAGAAGCUAUAAAGUGCCUAAGUGGAUUCUGAAAGCCAUGAACAAAAUGUUUACGAGCUCUAUUCUGCAAAAGCGAUGAGAGCCUGAUGCCAUGGAUAUGUUGGAGUUGAAAGAAAGGGAGAAAGAUUUGGAAAUCUUGGCUAAUUUAGAAUUUGUGAAGCAGGAAUGACCUGCAGCAGAACUGUAAAAUGUGGAGAUUGUAUCAAGAAGAAAAUCAGCAACCUGCAAGCAGCUUGGGAAUUACCUGCUUGGAUGAGGAAAUGAACUAGUGGGAGUUUGGUGGGAGUUUGGAUAAAGCAGCUCGUUUUCCAAAUGUUUCUCCAAGUGAUCUCUACAAUGACAGAAACUAACACCAGCUUACUAGGAAAUGUAGGUGAUGGUUCGACAGCAUUUCCAGAGUGAGUAGUUGUUUAAAAAUGAACAUUUUGACAGCUAACUGGAGUAAACCAACACUGCUGAACAUGGUCAAAGGAAAGGAUGUGGGAUUUUCUGUCUUGGUUGGUUUUUUUUUCCCCCUAAAAGGAUGUGCAACAGAUGAAGUAUGCAAAGGAUGUCUAUAAAUAUGAGCUGAUGAGGGUUCAGCUGGAGGCCAGGGGGAUAAAAUUCCUGCAGGGAUUGAUGGUCGAUGUAGGAUACAUACAACAUGCAUACUGUGAAACCAGGAGCUGCUGAUUUAUUCAUCGUGGACUUUCAUAGCAAAUGACAUCUACACUUGGAAAUCCAAGGCACAGUCUAACGUGGAGUUUAUAAUGAGAUAUUGUGCACCACAGAAGGAAGGCUGCAGAAGGUGAUGGUCAUCUCUGCUCAGCAGAGUAAACGACAUAGUGCAAUGACUGGGGAUUUUAUCUGGGUUUGUGAUGCUCUUGAACCUUUGGAAUUGGAACACACUAGCUAACACCAAGCUCAAGAACAGCACUUUGAGUGGGACAUGAGAGGGUGGGGAAGAGAACUGUGAAGGUAAUGGGCAACUAAAUGACAGCUCUGGUGUUACGACUGUUUAAUACACUGUACAGUCUGUAAUCAUUGAAUCAUUAAGUCAGGAAAAGACCACCAAGACCAUUUAGUCCAACCGUCAAUCCACUGCUACCAUGCCCCACUAGAUGUACAUAAUAAAAUGUACAUACCUAAUGUGCAUAACUGUAGAGACAGCAGGGGGAAAGCAUUCUGGGACAGUCUGGUUAAUAACUCACCAGUAAUUGCAUAUGGUAUCCUGAGUGCAGUGGUUGUCUUGGGCACAGCGAAGUAGUUGCUUAGCGGGGCACAGGGGUGGUUUGUCUGAUCUUCGUGACAGCUUACCAGACUGGACAGAAAAGCAAGCCUCCAUCUAAAAGUAUAGAAAGCUGAAUGCAGAUACCAGAUCUUCAGAUCUACAGGCUGGCUGCGUGGUUGAGGAUAAAUGGAUCAAUUAUAAUUGGUCUGAAUUUUACUACUAUUAACAAUUAAAAGUUUUGUGAAAAAAGCAGGUGUACGGGUAAUCCAGGUUUAGUUAUAGGUCUAGAAAAUACCAGGCUGUGGUUAAUUCUUUGAGGUUCUGCUGACCUUCCUGUGAGAAGCUGAAAGUGUUGCAACCUGAGGUUGGGUUAGAAUUCUCUAUAUUGUGGAACAAGGUGAAAUUCUUAUUGGUCUGCGGUAGUGAACUUGUAACAAACAUCUUGGGUUUGGUUUUGUUUGAGAGCUGCUACAGCGUACUGCAAACAAGGUAAUUCAGCCAGCUAAGCAGAAGACAGAAGUAACUCCUGGAAUGUUGCAGGAGACCAGCAGCUCAUAAGCACUUUCUGUGCCAGUUUGAUACGCAUCACUGAAGAAUCGUUUCCAUAGUGAUGAGAUUCUACUUGCAGUCUAAAGAUCAGUGGAACAGUUGCAGGCAAUGCAGUUGUACACAGAUGUUUAUUUAUUUCUCUGCCUGUAGAUUUGGUCAGAUGCAAAAGUUUCACUUUGCUGUCCUACUGAAAAUGUACCAGGUGGCUACUUGGUCUUCUUGUGGGAUUUCAUUUCUUAAGUGGAACCAAUAUGCCAGUUUGCACUUCCACCGAAAGGGGCCUGAACUGAAGGGAAGCACUGCUUGUCUGCUCACUUCUUUCAUGAGGCCAUGUUCAGAGCUGAGAUUGCUUCCCUUUCUUCUUUCAUCUGGAGAGGUUUCUUGUAGUUCAUUGCUUAACUCAGUUUCACUGCUGUGGUUUCAAGAUUUUGGCCUUCAGAAAUGCUAAUGCUGCUCCACAGCCAUAGAGAAAAUUAUUAAGAAGAAAAAAGUACUCUUCAGCCCAUAGCAAACCUCCUGUGAUGGAAAUCUUCCACUUUAGCUGGGGGAUCAGGACUCAAACUGGUGACAUGCUCAUCUGCUUGACAAAACCCAUACACACUUACUCCUGUACUGUACAUGAAUAUAUGCAGUUUAUCUGCCAGUGCUGCAUGCAGUCCAUCACUGGCUUUUGGCUUGUAACUAUACCUGCUAAUAAGCAAACCUCGAGAUCACAGGGCAUGGGGAUCUGUGCUCCUGGCUGUGAGACAUACCGUGACAGUGGUUCCCUGAACUGUAUUGAAAUGACUUCAGUCUCACAUCUUUCAGGGGGGAGCAGCAAAAAUGUCCAAGAUAUCUGAGAGGGAGCUGGGAGUCAUUAUGCUAGAGAGAAGUACAGCGUAUGUAUAUAUACAGCGUAUAGGUAUGUGUGCACUACAUAGCAAAUCGAUUCCCCUGGGCUGACACUAAUUGAUCAAAGAAGUGUCACCACACUGAGUGGUUUUAUUAAAAAAGGAUAAGCCCUUAUGUACACUUUAUAGCAUUCAUAGUAGGGAAACAGAAUUGGACUUCCAUCACCAGGAAUAUAUUUCUGUCUCUAGAGUGGUGCCAUCACUUGAUUCUUACACACAAGAGGUUAUUUUGAGGAUGUUUUGGUGCAUCCAUUGGCAUUGCCAUGAAUAGUUAUUAUAUUAAGCUGACUCUGGGUCAUGUGACUGUCCUUCCAUUUGUAGUCAGCAAGAAGAAACAUGGGAAAGCAGACUAAAUCUGUUUUUCAAGUGUUGUAUGAGGAAACUAGGAAUUGCAAGUGGAAACGGGUCUAAAAAUGAGUCAAGACUGUGUACAAGGAGAAAGAAACUACAGUUUAACAUAACCCAUCUUUGUGUAAUGUCUUGGCUGCAUGGAGCUGAGGUAAGGACGUGGCUGUAUGAAAAGGGUGUUAGAGUCUGGCUGCUCAGAGGGCGCCUUGUUUUGCUAAAACUUCUGAGGAGAAACUGCCAAGUGUCCAGGUGAUGAAUGGCAAAACCAUAACCAACCAUUUGGAAAAGAAUGCGGAGAGCUGCACUCAGCAGGAAAAUAAGUACGGCUGAUGGAGGCAUGUCCAGUAAGCAGGGGCAGAGGGCAAACGGAAUGAACCCAUUUUGCAUACUCUAACCUGUUUGCCAGGGCUGUACAUGGUUCUCCUCCAGCUGUGCAAUGUUCCUGGCUUCAUUGGAUAAGAAGACACACUGGGAGAGGAACCAGCUCCCGCAGUUGUGAGACUGCAGCUGCAGUCUUGAAAAGGGCACUGAUGGCUGCUGUCACCACGGCCUACUGUUGCUGCUACACAACUCACUUUUACUGAAAGCAAGAGCAGCGUGUUGUCACGAGAUCCAGAAAGACUUGAAAAAGGUGCCGCUACAGUAGAUAAAUAAGCAUUCCUUAUUACAAGUACGAAAGACCGGGUUAGAAACAUCAAGUUGCUAAGCACUGGAGGGGCACGUGGAGGCCUGGGUUCCUGCAGGCUGCCUCUGGGGUUUGAAGGUCCAUCUGUUAACUUUGAGAGAAGUGCUCACGUAGGCUCUGUGCCACUUCAUUCUGUGCUGUUUGCUUUAUUACACAACAGGCCCCAAUAAACUCUUUAAUGCGAGUCAGUCAUUUCCCAUCCAAACGGUAAUUCCGAACAGAGGAUGGAUUUUGCUUUUCUUAAAAAGGCUCUGCUGGCUGGAUUAUCCAUGUUUGUUUGUUCUUCUCAGAGCACAGAUACGUUAUCUUGCUCUUACGAAACCAGUUUAUAGCAGCCCACAAUCAGUGCAGAAAAGGAAGGCUGCUUCCACAUCUGCUAAGGUCAAGGUCUGUGCUGAGCUGUGCAAUGGGGCACUGAGGUAGGCACAGGAAAACCAAAAGAAUGUGUGCCUCUGUGGAGCCACGGAAUCCAUGUGCUGUUCCGGUGAAAAGUGUUGGGUUUCCAGAGCUUCAUGUAAGCCUAUUAAAAGGGCUGAUUGUGCUGGAGAGAGAGAAUCUAAAUACCAAUUCUGGAGAAAGAGUGAUUUGCCCCUUAAUUCUUUUCAGCAUUUAUUGGAGUUGCUUGGGAUCUGAGAGUAGCUGAUCAAAACCAAGAGCAAACAAAAACUAUUCCUAAGCUGUAGUCAAGUGCUUAAUGAAAUACCUGGGAGAGUUUUCUUUUAUAGUCCUUCAGGAUGCAAAGCAAAGGAACAGCUGGGCUGUUCUGAGCAGCGUCUUCAUCUAGCAAUUUGCAACAGCCCUCUGACCUUCCUCUUCACUAAGUGCGUCAAGGAAAUACAGCUUCACUCUUUAAGAAUACAUGAACUCCUGACGUGUAAGCUUAUACCUCCAUCUGUAAAUGUAUCAGCUUAGGUGUUCAACAGCUGGGGAAAAUUGAGUAAUGUUUUUGCUCGCUGACCAGCCUGUGUGGAUGGUAAGAGUCUAUUUAUAUGGGUUAAAAUGUAACUCAGAACGCACAGGAGACACGUGGACAACUUGACUGCUACCAUUCGAGGUUUCCCACAAGGCACUGUGCCUCCACACGAGGAAACAGCCAGCGACCGUGCCAGAAAAAACUCUUCCUUGCAGUCAGAAGUCUCUACCUACAACUCACUCCAUCCUGAGCACCAGGCCUUGAAAUAAGCUUCGAGUAGCUUACAGCACAGGGCACCUUAAGAGGAGAGAAGCAACCAGCUCUCAUAUUUCCCUUUGUUUUCCUUGGUGCGCUGACUGUUGGGAUUUGAGUUGCACCUCCGCCUUCAUGGCUCAUACUGCUUCAUUUGUCAGAGAACACAGGUGUUCCUGGGAAUUUGGAAAACCCCAGGAGGCUGUGACUCAAAAAGCUUUGAAGAGUUCCCAAAAGGUGUAAGCAGACUGAGUCAUUAUUAUCCUUUCCACUGACAGUGGAGUCCUCCAGGGACUCCAUUGCUGCAUUUCCCAAUCUUCCAUUACUUACAGGUAACCUGUUCAUUGCACGCCUGUGUUGCUUGGAGCCGUCUUAUCCUAUUGUUCAGAAUUCACUUCUGAGGCACUCAGAUGAUGUAUUCUGGAGCUGUAGCCCAAAGGGUUUGAGACACAGGAGCUCACGUUUCCCAGCUCUCCCUCCCACCCUUAAAUUCCUGCACCUCCAAGCUCACCAGCACUCACCAUCCCUGGAUGACUGCUGGCUACACAAAUGUGGUAAUGCUUCAGCAACUUCAGUCAUUGGGCUUUUGGCCUAUCAGCUGUUCAGCUAUUCUCAGUACUCAGUAGCAUUCAGUCUGGAGUUCUGGAAUUGUUCUGGAAUUGUUCUUUCCCUCCCCCCUCCUCACCUCCCUCCCCACACUGAGGAAAAUCUCCAUUAUCUCCUUUGCUUCACAAGACCAAGAGGUCCAUGCAGCUUGUGACUGUUCUCUCAUCCUGUUGCCAUUCGAUUUGGAGACACCCCACUCCCCCCACCCUUCUGUGUUGCAGCGCAGUGGUACAAACGGGGGAGGGUCACAUUCCUCAGCUCCUCCUUUUGUAUAAACUGUUACCGGGAGGGGUGAGUUAAUUCCUCUCGGAUAGCUUUUCCUAUAGCACCUAUUUCUCAAAUAAAAGCUCUGUCAUUGCCUUCGUUUGCUCUACACAUGGCACGUCAGGGCAGUCAGAUGGCACAGACUCUUGAAAAUAUUCAGCACGGUUUUAAUCCUGAACUAUGACACAUCUUCACAGCCUGAGUGCCACCAUCCAGUGCAGGCAGAGCUGUUCAAGCAGCAAUGGGAGGUUACUCUGAACCCCAAACUGCACCUCAUUCCCUCCUGCAGACAGGAGUCAGCACAGACCAUGGCCUGCAUAAAGCCUUCAGUGGAAAGUUAUCAAAGCGGACUGCACAGAACCACAGGAUGUCUGAGGUGGGCUGGGACCUCUGGGUCCAUCUGCUCCAACCCCUGCCCCCACAGGGCCACCAAGAGCAGGGUGCCCACUGCCAUGUCCAGUUUCUGAGCAACCCCCACUUUUUCCUGCUUUCCAGCAAACCCGAUAUUUGGUACUUUGGACUUUGGUAUAAGUAAUAACGAGUACAAAGCAAUUAAGGACGUGCCUGAGGAUAUCCAUUUUCCUGGAUAUGACCCAGUGUGCCUUAUCUCUAAGCAAUGCAGUGGAAAGCUCCUGGAAGGAGUUAGCAAACACCCAGCUGCGCUGGUACUUAAUAGGUGCAAGGACUAGUAUUUGUCAUCUCUGGAUGGAGCAUGGUUUUCAAAAUCUCCAAAUUCUAGUGUUUCAAGUAAGCCAGCAUCUCCUACAGUGCUAUUAUUGCCCAAACGUUUGUUUUACCUGCCCAAGUGCUCUGACCUGAGGCUGGAGAUGCACAGAUGCUGCUGCUGGAUCUGCUGAGGUGUAAGUAACCAGCUCAUCUGGAAUGGAAUUCCAACAUGCAAUUUGCUGAACAAUUCCUGUUAAGAAAUUCCAUGCAUUUUCAUCAUUUCUAAUUCCCCUUUCACUCCACAUGCUCCCACAGGUAUUAAUCCAACUGUGAGCAUUGCUGAGCCAAUGUUUCACACCCAAACAGUUAUUCAUGGCUUUCCUGUUGAUAAAUAAAUAUACAUUCUGAUUUCCAGUGCGUAUUUGGAUCUGUGAAGCAUAAACAUCAUCACUGGAGGCAUCAAACACAAACAACCUGUUUUUGCUGUGGUCGUAAAGCACAAUAAUCUUCCGUGUUUCCAAUGCACUGAUAAAUACUCCUAAAUGUUUGCCAUUAUUUUGCUGACAUAAAAAACACAGAUAAAAACAUGAAAAAAUCACUAAUGAGCUUGACACCGUGUUAUUCAUGAAAAUAACAUAAUAACAAAUUCUGUUCUCUAAUGCUGAGUACUUGGUGCCUUUGGAAAUGACUACCAUGGGUUAUAGACCACCAAAAUUGCAUGCUUGUUUGUUUUAAUUUGCAGUGUGUUCAUAAUCAUUUCGGCAAAAAAAAAAAAGCAGGGAAAAAUGCAUGCUUCACAUUCUCUGUUGAAAUGCUACGUUAUUUGUGGUGUGCUUGCAGAAUCAAGAUGGUUCUUCAGACCAUCUUCUGCUUAUUUAAUGGGCCACUAGUGAAGGGCAGAGCUGAGGAGCUUGUGAACUGAUGUCAGAGCAGCCCCUGGUGUGCAGCCUACAAGCACUGGGCACAGCUUCCUUGUCAGCUCAGCCUGCUCUGCAGAUACCUGCACCUUUGCAGACAACAGUCUGAGCAUGCAGUCUUCUCCUUUACGUUCUUCUUGUGUUUCUCCCUCAGUUGCUGUUUUUUUGCAUCCAGUUAUUCAUUCUCACCCAUGAAUCUAAUCGAAGUGACAGAGUAGGCAGUGUGAUGUUUCCCACAACAUCUUCAGAGUUGGAGUAAUCGCAUCCUUGAAGCCCGCAGGAAGGCUACAUGAAUGGGUCAUCAGUUGUACCCUUCCUAAGGCUCAGAGAUCUACAGCAAUAAGUGGUCAGGAAGUAAUGCUUCUGGCAGCUCAUCUUUCUGGUGCAGCUCUGAAAGCUUUCCUGGGAACAAAGCACAUUCAGAAUCUGGAUUCAUAAACACCCAAACUGGGGGCCUAAUACUGAGCAAGCUAGCAUUCCCAAUACCUGUUUGCCAACCUUCCUCUUUCCUCUGCAAUCAUGAUGGUAUCGGUCCUUGCGAUCGUACUUUGCACCUAGAUUUGCAGGUGCUUUAUUACUGCAGGGCCAGUGGCCUCAUUACAUACAUUUUACAAGAGCAUAAGAAACUGACAUGCCAGCCUGCUGCUUGCUUGCCUCCAAGUCACAGCUCAAGUCGAUGCUGGAAACAAAUCACAGUUCUUCCAUCUUUUCAACUGCUAAACGCAUAUUUAAUCACCUCAUUAUUUUCAAAGGUUCCCACUGAUCUUAUGCUUUAGGAAAGCAGGAUGAGUUUUCCCAUAUGGAUAUGAAUGCUUUGCUUACAAGAAAAUUAAUAACGGGAUUUUAGCCAGUAACUCUGUCCAAAAUUCCUGUGGAUGCUCCUGCACAGCUGAGAAAAACCACACGGUACAAGCAGUAAUCCAAAAAUGAAAAGAUGUGCAAUAUAUUCACUGCUCUUGGGAAUCUUAAAGAUACCCAAAUCAGCAGCUGGGACAGAACCAGUGAGGCUGCAUGGGCUGUCUGAUCCCUACUGGGCUCCUCAGCAUUCUACAGCAAGAAGCUGCCCUUUGUGGCUGGGAGAUGGGACCCAGGACAUGCUCCUGUUUUGGUACCAAGCUCAGAGCCGCUGCUCCUUGAGAGAAAGGGAUGGGAUGGGAUGGGAUGGGAUGGGAUGGGAUGGGAUGGGAUGGGAUGGGAUGGGAUGGGAUGGGAUGGGAUGGGCAGCAGAAGCAGAGCACCACCAGGACUUGCUUUGGUUACAGGUGAGCUGCUGGGAUGGGUACAGGGAAAAGGAAUUUAAAGAACAGCCUCAAGAACAGAUUUUGGUCCAAUGUGGGAAGGCUGGCAGUAAGUCACUGUGAAAAACUUGGCUAUUUCAGGUUACUGUUCUUGGCUAUGCUUCAGGUUAUUAUUCUUGGAUAUUAAGCAUGUGAUUGCACUGUAUAAUUGCACAAGCUGGAGUUUUCAUCAACAGGGCUAUCAUACCCUGACAAAUCUGUGCCAAAACUGUGAUCCAGCCAGGAGCUGGGCAUGGGGCGUGCGGCUGUUAAGGGCAGAGGGGGCCUCUCACCCUGCUGCUAGGCUUUUCUUGUUAGGUCCCAACACUUAGAUGGUCAUUUUGAAUUACAUCCCAUUUUGUCCUAUGGUUAUGUCUCAGGGGGAUGCUCUGAGUACUAAAGAUUGCUGGCUCCAUGCAGACACUGCUGACAUCUGUGGAAAAGCCCAACAAAAGCAGAGUGUGAGCAGCGGGCAGAAAACUAGGUUUUGAAUCCACUGAGUCAAAGCUCUUUCUCCUAAGACCUCUCUGUAGAGCUGUUCAAAAUAUGGUGGGUACUUAGAAGUCAACAAAUGCUCAAACUUCUCUGCAAACAAACCUUUGUCCCAUCAUCCAGAUAAUUAAUAAAUAUGUUAAACAUGUGUGGAUAUCUAAGGGAUGUCAUUAGUGAUCAGCCAGCAGCUGAACUCUGUGCUGCUGAUUCCAGCUCUUUGAAAUCCACAGACUAAAUGCUCUUCCACCCACCUUAUCAUCCACCUUGUCAGUCUUUAUCACACUGGUUUAGCUACAAGGGUACUGCAGGAAAUGGUAUCAAAGGCUUUGCCGAAGUCACACUUGUCCAACCCACAGCCAGUGAGCUACAUGCAGCCCAGCAUCAUCCCAAGUGUAGCCCUCUCCUUCCCUGACACUUAAAUGUGGUGGCUCUUCUUUGUCCUGUGGCCCUGGGCACACGCCCAUAGCUCAGCAACACCAAAACUAUCAGUGUGCUACAAAUGCUGUGCCAAUUGAAAGACACCAAGAUGAGACCAAGCUGAGUGGUACAGCUGACAUGAUGGAAGGAAGGGAUGCCAUUCAGAGGGACCUCAACAGACUUGAAAGGUGGACCCGGGUGAACUUAACGAAAUUCAACACAACAAAGUGCAAGACUUUGCACUUGGGCUGGAGGAAUCCCAGGCAUUUAUACAGACUGGAAGGAGCAGUCCUUGAGAGCAGUCCUGCAGAGAAGGACCUGGGGGUCCUGAUGGAUGAAAAACUUAACAUGAGCCCGUAGUGUGUUCUUGCAGCUCAGAAAGCAAAUGGUAUCCUGGGCUCCAUCAGAAGAGGGGUGGCCAGCAGUGACAGGGAGGUGACUGUGCCUCUCUACUCUGCUCUUGUGAGGCCCCAGCUGGAGUACUGUGUCCAGAUCUUACAAAAAGAACACAGAGCUGUUGGAGAGGGUCCAGAGGAGGGCCACAAAGAUGAUCAAGAAGACAGGCUGAGGGAGCUGGGCUUGUUCAGCCUGGAGAAAAGAAGGCUGUGGGGUGACCUCAUUGCAGCCUUCCAGCAUAUAAAGGGAGCCUACAAACAGAAGGGGAGUAAACUCUUUGAAAGGGUAUAUAACAGCAGGACAAGGGGAAAUGGUCUUAAGUUGAAGGAGGGAAAAUUUAGGUUGGAUGUCAGGGAAAGUUCUUUACUAUGAGACUGGUGAGGUGCUGGAACAGGCUGCCCAGAGAGGCUGUGGAUGCCCCGUCCCUGGAGGUGUUCAAGGCCAGGUUGGAUGGGGCCCUGGGCAGCCUGGUCUAGUAUGAAAUGGGGAGGUUGGUGGCCCUGCAUGUGGCAGGGGGUUGGAGAUUCAUCAUCCUUGAGGUCCCUUCCAAUCCGAGCCAUUCUGUGAUUCCGUGAAAGCAGGACACAGGGAGGGCUGUGCUGUGCAGAGCUGACUCAAGUGAUGCCAAAUAAUUGCAUGCACCUUGACCCAGGUGCAAGAUCUUGCACUUAGCUUUGUUGACCCUCACGAGUGUCUCCUGAUGCCACUACUCCAGGCUGUCUAGGUCUCUCUGGAUGGCAUCCUGUUCUUUGGGCAUGUCAACCAUAACCCACAGCUUGGAGCUGCAAGAUUGGAAAAAAAAAAAAAGUCAAUUUACACUUGCAAGAUCAUUUUCAGUUGAUAUAAAUACAUUCCAACUCUAAGGAUUCUAUGACUUUAUGACAUGCACCCUUUCAAAUGUGAGUUGUAAUCAGACAUUCAACUCUAAAUCUGAUCAUGUCUUCUUACCAGACUUUCAUAAUCCCUAUCUUAGCAGAGAAAAUAUCCCUCACUUCACAAUCACACUGUAUUCAUGUCAUCACUUUUUGACAGUACACACACUUUGAACAAUUAUUGUUGAGGAUAAAGUGCAGGAAGAGCAAAAUUACAUCAAAAAUCUCUGAUGAACACACUGAGACCUCACUAAGCGAUUGAACAAAGAUUGUUAUUCCCAGAAAUAUAAGUGAUUUUUGAAGUCUCAGGCCACCGUAUUAAGAUUACUUCUGUGAAGUAAGUGCUUUCUGUAAGGAAAGGCAUCACCUAACCAAAGCUUUCAAAACUUCCACUGGAAUAAAUUCUCAGCCCUGCAAGCAGAAAUCUGAACAGCCUGUGCUUAGGCUGUGCAUCUCCCCUGACUUGUUUGUACAAACAAUAAGACAACAGAUUAAACUCUUUCAAAACCUGUGUAUGCAGCAGGACUGGAUUGCCCUGUGCACUUCAAUCCUACCUUGGCUGUGGAACAGGACAGGCAAAUACCUGUACAUCACCCAGCCUUAUCCCGUGGCCAGCACUACUGCCUGUGCUCCGUGGUGGCAGGGACAAGGAGGCCUCUGAGCUCCAGAUUUGGCAAAGAGUUGGAGGAGGAAAGGAACAGCCCUCGUCGCCACUCCCCCAACACUGAGCUGAUCAGAGGAGGAGCUCUGGGUCCAGGCCAAAUUCCAUGUUUAAAAGUCAGCAACAACAGGGAGAGGGGGGACAGGAGGCAGAAGAGAAGGACAGAAACAGUGCUGGGUCAAAACAGGAAGACUGAGUAGACAGACUACAGAAUGACACUGCUCCUGUGGCUGUCAUCUUGGAGCAACAUCUCUGUACUGGGAGUUUUUCUGGCCGCCUUUACUGUGCUCCUUGAUUUCAUGAAGCGCAGAAAGAAGUGGAGCCGUUACCCCCCAGGCCCAGUGUCGCUGCCGUUUGUUGGGACCAUGCCAUAUGUGAACUACAACAACCCCAUUCUCUCCUUCCAGAAGCUUCACAAGAAGUUUGGGAACAUCUUCAGUCUCCAGAACUGCUGGACCAACAUAGUAGUGCUGAAUGGGUACAAAACUGUGAAGGAAGCCCUGGUCAACAAAUCGGAGGACUUUGCUGACCGGCCAUACUUCCCAGUAUAUGAACAUCUGGGCUAUGGACAUAAAUCUGAAGGGGUUGUUUUGGCACGGUAUGGACAUGUCUGGAAGGAGCUAAGGAAAUUCACGCUCACUACCCUGAGGAACUUUGGGAUGGGAAAGAAGUCCUUGGAGGAGCGAGUGACUGAGGAAGCAGGAUUUCUGUGCUCUGCAGUCAAUUCUGAAGGAGGUCGUCCUUUUGAUCUGCAUCUUCUUGUAAAUAAUGCAGUCAGCAACGUGAUCUGCACCAUCACCUAUGGAGAGCGUUUUGAGUACGGUGAUGAGACAUUCAAGAAGCUGUUAACUUUGUUUGAAAAUUCCCUCAAUGAAGAAGUAGGACUCCUGGCAGAGCUUCUUCAUGUGGCGCCCAUACUGUUGCGCAUCCCUGGACUGCCACAGAAGAUCUUUCGAAGCCAAAAGGAAUACAUAGACUUCACAGAAGUGCUCAUAGAGAAGCACAGGGAGACCUGGAACCCUGCUUACACCCGAGACUUCACUGAUGCAUUUUUAAAGGAAAUGGCAAAGGGUAAUGAGGCUGAAGAGAAUGGUUUCAAUAAACGCAACCUUAGCAUGGUGACAUCAGACUUGCUUGCAGCAGGUUCUCAAACCACCUCUACAACCCUCCGAUGGGCGUUCCUGUUCAUGCUUUUGUACCCAGAAAUACAGAGUAAAGUUCACAAAGAGAUUGAUAAGGUGAUUGGAAGAAACCGACCGCCCACCAUGGCAGACCAAGCAAACAUGCCCUACACCAAUGCCGUCAUCCAUGAAGUACAACGCUGUGGGGACAUUAUUCCUAUGGGGCUACCUCACAUGACAUACCGGGACACCGAGCUUCAAGGUUUCUUCAUUCCCAAGGGGACGACAAUCAUCACCAACUUGACUUCCGUGCUGAAGGAUGAGACAGUCUGGAAGAAGCCAAAUGAGUUUUAUCCCGAACACUUCCUGAAUGAGAAUGGGGAAUUUGUGAGACCAGAGGCCUUCUUGCCCUUCUCUGCAGGUCGACGUGCCUGUCUGGGGGAACAACUGGCCAGGAUGGAGCUCUUCAUCUUCUUCACCACUCUUAUGCAGAAGUUCACCUUUGUGAUUCCUGAAGAUCAGCCCAGGCCACGGGAGGACAGUCACUUUGCUUUUCUAAACAGCCCACACCCAUACCAAUUGCAAGCUGUGCCAAGAUAAGUGUGUACCGCUUCACUCAGAAACCACCACUAACACUGUCAGAAAUGUUGCAGGGCUGUGCCAGGAUCUAGUUAUCCCAAGUCUGUGCAGAUGUCCCCAGCUGUGUAAAGUAAGGAUGUGGCCCUUAGCUGAGCUUAAUUUCAAUUUCAGUCCUGAAUUCCUGCGUAUUGAAACACAAAGAGUACCCAGGGUAAGAGAUAUUGUGUUGGUUCUAAGAGCAAAAAAAGUUUGGAAAAUACUGUAAACUGCUGCUGGACACCUCCCUUCCCCACUGGCCACUCUGCCUCUAGUGCUCUGCCUCUGCGUGCCAUACAGGUGCCCAGGAGGACUCUGGCUUGAUUCCUGCAAAAACAAGGCCCGCAAUGUCAAGUGAUCUGGCAUGUGCUGUUGGUGGGCAGGGUGAGAGCUUCAGCACUUACAAAGUCACAUUCCCCUGCAGGACUACACAUGGCUUCAGACUAGUGCUCCUGAUCGUGCAGUAAACAUAGACUCCAUGCACUACUUCAUAUAUACUGUGUACUGCAGUAAAUUGCAUACAUACUGCAUUACCUUCAUUUACAACCCUAAAGAAAGCAAAAUGCCUGCCAACUAGGACUCCAGCAGGAAGAAGUACCAAGGAGUACCUAAAUUAUCAAUAUGACCUUUCAGCUCCAGAAGCAGGUAGUUUCUAAAAGACAAAAAUUCCCACAAAUGGAUUUCAAGAUGAUUUCUGGUGCCUCCAUUACUAUCUCCUAUCCAGUUAGCUCGCCAAAACAGCUUUUUCAUCAUUACUCAAAGUCAGGGAAGGUUUCAAACUCAUAGAGUUAUAUCGCUUGAAUGAGCAAGCUGCAGGUGUCACAGGCGGUUUGCUUUUUCUUCCUGCAACAUUGCUGACCAGUUGUUUUGCAACAUGUUAAUCUUGUUCGUGUUGGCAGAAACUUUUGCACGAAUGCAUAAUUGCAACAUAAAAGCCUCUGAAACGGUGCACGCAUGCUUACAUUUCUCUUUCUCAUACUAAUUUUGGGACCUACGAAAUCCCCAUUACGUAUGUGAUUACCUACACUACUGUUAAGAUUUCAGCUUCAGCGGAACUGCACACUGAUGGUUUUCACCUACAAGACAAUCUGACAAAAUAAAUGAUCUGGAAGGGCUGUCCUGCCUUGUCUGACCGUCCUGC